UAGAAAAUUCCUUACAUUUGGUCUUACAAAACUCUCGCCAUAUACCCCCCACUCUCCCCCCCUUUUUUUUUUUUUUUGUUUUGGGUCUAGACCCGAGCUUUAAAGAUUGGUUUUGCACCUCUGAACCAAGCUUUUUUCUUGUUUGUACUUCAAUGUUGUCAUCGACAGGCGGGGAGGAGAACAACUACAACAAAGCAACGAUAAGCCUAAAGAGAGUGUCCUCAACGUCCUCAAAAUCAUCAUCAACAUCUUCAUCUCCUUCACUAUUCUCUCCUCCUUCCCAUCUUCACGACCAAACCCAUAGACCCAAAACUAUGGAAGAGGUUUGGAAAGACAUUAAUCUUGCUUCUCUAAAUGAUCACCCUUCCAGGGAAGGCCUGUCUGUAAACCCACGACUCACAAAUCCUCAAAACCCGAAUUUCAUCCUUCAGGAUUUUCUUGCCAGGCCGUUUAGCAAAGACCCACCAACGAACAGGGUCUGCACAAACGGGGGGGCCGGGCUCUAUGGUUCCCCAGUGCGGCCUCCUGCCACUGUUUUGAGCCUGAAUUCGGGUCCCGGCUUUGAUUUUUUGGAUAACUCGGAUCCUCUCAGGUCCACCUCGCGUCUGCAAAGCAGCCCCAUCUCAAAUUUGUCCACUUUCAAUUGUCCAUUCGAGGCUCUAGCCUCAUCUUCUAGCUUGGCUUCUUUUGGUAAGAAAAGGGUCAAGGAAUCUGAUAGCGGUUCUGGUGAUCGACGGCACAAGCGUAUGAUCAAGAACCGAGAGUCAGCAGCUCGAUCGAGAGCUAGAAAACAGGCUUACACAAAUGAGUUGGAGCUCGAAGUUGCACAUCUUAUGGAAGAGAAUGCAAGACUCAAGAGACAGCAAGAACAGUUACGCGUAGCAGCAGCUGCUCAACUUUCCAAAAAGCGCACGCUUCAGCGGACGUCAACAGCUCCAUUUUGAGGAACAUCUCUGCCUACCUUCUAACAAAUUAAUCUCUCCUUCUUUCCUCUCUCUCUCUCUCUCUAAGAGCAGAGGUCCUUUAAGCUAGAAAAGGAAUGAAUUUGUAUAGGUUUUGGGGAGCUUUUUUCUUUAUUUUUUUCACUUCUGGGGUGAGCAAGGUUUGUACUUCUAGCAAGACAGUUGAUUUUGGGAAAGAAAAACAUGCGCUGUGGGGAGG